ACCUUUAUUUCAGCAUUUUAAUGAAUAAUCAUUUAAUGGAGCUUUCUUAAGAGAUGGGAUUAAGUUUUGAUGGGAUUUUAAACGAGUGUGUGUUAUUGGUAGGGAGAUCUUAAUUCCAGCCAUUUAACUGUACAGCGUAAGCAUUUAGAAUAGAAAAAUUAUUUUAGAAAAUAAGUCUAAUGUACUUAAGAAACUAUAGUUGUGCAUCGGUCGGUGACCAAGCUUAAUAAGUUUAAAGGACUGGGGAUAAUUACAGACUGAUUUUAGCCUUUUGUUUGUCUUCCGCGAUGAAUGUGACUUUUUGUGAACGACAGUUUAAAAAGAAGCUGUAAAAACCACUACAAGAACGCCUAUGUGUGAUUCGCUGUGAUGUGUGCGGUGUUUAACCGCAAUGGCAAAUCACAGCUCUAGCCACUCUGUUCAAAAUAAGCAUUUAAACGCGUGCCGACAUCAAGCCAAAGCAAUGCACCGAUGGGUAGAUUAGUGUUUAAGGUAGUUUGGAUAUAGUUUCAUUCGCAAUUAGGAUUACAGUGUUGCUGCGAACACCUUCGGCAUUUCGAGAGGGAAACUGUCGUUUAAAUCAGCGUUUCUCAAACCAGCCCUCGGGGACCCCGACAGGUCCACGCUUUUUGCUCCCUCCCACUGGGUCGUAUUACGCUGACGUCAUUGUCAAAGUACACGUGUAUGGAAACGAGGAGGCCGCCAUUUUACCGGGGAACGAUCAUGACUAUUGACUGUUGUGUGUUUGGCUGUGGUAACAGCUACAAGAAAAACCCACUUCUGAGUUUCUUUUGUAUACCUUCGGUUCGUAAAAACCAAGGCAAAGAAACCGAAGAACUAACGGAAAGGCGACGGAAAGCCUGGCUAAAAGCCAUAAAUCGAAAGAACUUGAACGACGAUGCUAUCAGGAAGUGGCACGUUGUGUGUUCCGAGCAUUUCAUUACAGGAGCACCAGCAUAUAUGCAUGAUGAAUUCAACCCUGACUGGGUUCCUCACCUAAACCUAAGCUAUACUGAGGACUCCCCAGCGGCAAAACGUAGUACAGUCAACCGAUAUAUUCGGCACAAGCGAAGGAAUCGAUGCACUACAACUAGUGAAUCCAAAAAGAGAAAGGACUCGGGCUCCACACAGACGACAAAUCCGGUGCCCAUGGACACGGACGGCAAGGGAGGGACAGAGGAUGAUGAGGAGGCCGAGGAAGCGGUGGAUGAAGAGGAGCAGGAAAAGCACCUUGGGGAGAUGAUGGUGGACCUCCCCUCGAAUAACUCUGAGCAUGCUCCCAAGGAGGACGGGCCCGCUGUGUGCGAGAUGUGCGGCAUGGUGGGCACCAAAGACACCUUCUUCUCGAAGACCAAGCGCUUCUGCAGUGUCUCCUGUUCCCGCUCGUACUCCUCCAACUCCAAGAAGGCCUCCAUACUGGCACGGCUACAGGGGAAACCACCCACCAAGAAAGCCAAGGUUCUGCACAAAGCUGCCUGGUCCUCCAAGAUCGGAACUCUGCUCUACUCCCAGGGCAUCGGCCAGCUGCUGGAUGGUACCGUAACUGGGCAAGACGCUGUGGCCAUGGGCUUCGACUGGGGCACAUACCUGAAGGAGAGCGGCUUCCAAGCGGCCCCCGUCACCUGCUUCAGACAUGUACCCCUAUACACUCAGUGGGAAGACAUCUCCGUGGGCCUGAAGGUGGAAGUCCUCAACAGCGACGCUGUGCUUCCCAGCAAGGUCUACUGGAUCGCUUCCAUUAUGCGGCUUGCGGGCUACAAGGCCCUGCUGCGGUACGAGGGCUUCGAGAAGGAAGACAGUCACGACUUCUGGUGCAACCUGGGCACCGUGGACAUCCACCCCAUUGGCUGGUGUGCCGUCAACGGCAAGCUGCUGGUGCCGCCACUGACCAUACAUCAGCGCAUCAAAAACUGGAAGAUGUACCUGAUGAAGAAGCUGGUGGGGGCGCAAACUCUGCCUGUGGACUUCUACAUCAAGAUGGCGGAGAGCAUGAAGUACCCGUUCCGGCAGGGCAUGCGGGUGGAGGUGGUGGACCGCAGCCUGGUGAGCCGCACGCGCACCGCCGUGGUGGACGCGGUGAUCGGCGGCCGGCUGCGGCUGCUGUACGAGGACGUCAGCCUGGAGGCCGGCGGGGAGGUGCUCCCCGACUUCUGGUGCCACAUGUGGAGCCCCCUGCUGCAUCCCGUGGGCUGGUCCCGCAAGGUGGGCCACAUCAUCAAGAGCACGGACAAGCGCGUUGACAUGAGCGGCCACCCCACCUUCCGCAAGAUUUACUGCGACAGCGUGCCGCAUCUUUUUAAGAAGGUGCGGACGGUCUACAUGGAGGGGGGGUUCUUUGAGGAGGGGAUGAAACUGGAGGCCAUCGACCCUCUGAACCUGGGGAAUAUCUGUGUGGCCACUGUGCGGAAGGUGCUCCUGGACGGAUACCUAAUGGUGGGCAUCGACGGGGUGGAAAUCGGGGACGGAUCCGACUGGUUCUGCUACCACGCCUCCUCCCACGCCAUCCUGCCCGUGGGCUUCUGUGACAAGCACAACAUUCCCCUAACGCUGCCCCCUGGAUAUGACAGGGUGACGUUCACGUGGGCUAAAUACCUGGAGGAGUCGGGUGCGACUGCCGCACCUGCACGCCUCUUUAACGCGGACUGCCUGGGCCACGGCUUCGCCGCGGGAAUGAAGCUGGAGGCAGUGGAUCUGAUGGAGCCACGGCUGAUCUGCGUGGCCACCGUGAGGCGCUGUGCCGGCCGCCUCUUGCUGCUGCACUUCGAUGGCUGGGAGCCCGAGUUCGACCAAUGGGUUGACUGCCAGUCUCCUGACAUCUACCCCGUGGGCUGGUGCGAGAUCACGGGCUACCAGCUGCAACCGCCCAUCGGCUCUGGGGAAUCCAUCCCAGCUGAAGAAGCACCCAAGAAGCACAAACCGCUGGGGAAAAAGAAGAAGAGGCUAGUGAAGAAGAAGCUGGCCAGUCUAAUCUCCAAAAACCUGCCCCCACCUCGUACCCGCCCAGCUGCCCCGCCCAGUGACCAACCCAGUGAUCUACCCACCGACGUGCCCACUAAUCUACCCAGUGAGCUGCCCCUCAAGACUGAGCCAGUUGAAGAGGAAAUCAUUGCGGUGAAGGUGAAGGAGGAGGAGCUAGAGGCUGAAAUCCCCCUCCAGGAGCCCGGGGUCCCAGAAACGUCGCUGGAGGAGGCAAACCAGGAGCCCGGCGAGUGAGCCUCUGUGACCGGAUUAAAAGGCUCAUCCUGGGCCGACUCACCCUUAAAGAGCGGUGGCUCUCUGAGACGUUCUGGAUCUCCGUGGCGACCAGGACCCACAAUCCAAUGCUGGAAGCCAGUAGAGUGGGCGAUCAGGAUCCUACCUUCUCCUUCCCCUGGUGCAGGAUCUGCACUGGGGUCGGUGUUUCCCUAGUGAUUUGGUGAAGCGGCACAGGGCUGAACACGCAGAAUGUACAGUCACUGAGCCUCAGUGAUCAGCAGGAAACUCAGUAUGCAGAAAGUGUGCUGAAACGGGGCCUCCCCGGCCCCCGCUGCUGCUCUGAGGGUCAAGCAGAUUAAUAUUUAACGCCAUCCUUUAUCUCCAAAAACAGAUGCUUCACAUAAACCGUAUUACUGACAUUCAGAAUCACUACUUUGUCUUAAUAUGACUGUAUAUGAUUUAUUGUAUUUAUUGUGUCUGCAUAAAAUGUAAAUGCUGCAAUUGUUAUUUUUUGACUGGAGUCAGCUGUGACAGAUGUGAUGUAUCAGUCUUAAUAUUGUCUUGGUUCAUUUGUCCUUUGAUUCAAAUCUGAAAUUAAAGCAGAAUCCUGAAUGGAACAUGAGUUUGA